UGUACAGUCAAGAUGUUCACAUUACCAUUGCUGGUGGUGACCCUGUUCCUGCAGGUCAAAUUCCCCGUGAUCCCCGGUUUAAAGCCCGCACUUUACGGGGCUCUGGUUCUGAGUGCGCUGCAUGCCAUCUUUGUCCCCCUCAAGGGCCACGGAGACUUUGUGGCAUACACCAAUGCCUUCAUGAGCGCGUCGUUCAUCAUCCGCGCCGUGGAGCUGCUGAUCCUGCAGGACCUCGAUGAACUGGAACAUCUGGAAAAGGUCUCGCAUGUGUCCUCGUCCAUCCUGUACUCCUGGGAGCCCCUGCCGCGAGCCCUGGGCUUCCGCCGGCUCCUGCGCGUCUGCGAUUUGAUCGCCAACCCGCGCGCCAUCGGCUGGAAUCACGGCUCCACCAAGUAUCUCCCGCCGCUGCGGCCCGUGGAAGGCGAGGCGGGCGGCGAUCACUGUGUGCCGGAGCACAGGAACAUGGUCGUCGUGGCGGUGGGAGACCGCAGCAGUUUUCUCCGCGCCCAUCUCUGGACCGUCCUCCUCGCGUACCUGGCCAUGGACACCUACCAGGCCGCGUUCGCGCGCAAUUACCCGCGGCUGUGCGACAGCGUCGACGGCUUCCUGAACGGGGUGCUAGGCUGGCAUGUCUCCCCCGCGACCAGCGAGGUGGUCGUGCGGAGGUACCUGCUGUCCCCCGGCUGUUGGAUCGCCGCUUAUGCCUUCGUCGAUGGGAUUCAUUCCGCCGUCGGGGUCUUUUCCGUGGGCUUGGUCAGGGUCUUCACCUCCAAGCAUGCGGGAGAGCCUUGGAUGUAUCCACCGGUUUUUGGAUCCGUCCGGCAUUUGCUCGCGUUCAAUUUGCGUGAUAUCUGGGGCAAGAUGUGGCAUGACCUCUGUCGCAAUCCCUUCUUGGCGCUUUCCCGCGCGGCCAUUAUGCCUGUGAAACCGAUCCCAAUGGGCCUGCAGCGCUUCCUGGUGAUCUCGUUGACGUUCUUUGUGUCCGGUGUCGUGCAUGUGGCCGGAACGUACGCAGUUUCUCAGGACGUCUUCGCAGUCAGUAUGAUGAUGACCUUCUUUUGCAUCUUGCCGCUCUGCAUCGCCGCGCAACAUCUCCUCUCUGAUCGCUUUCUUCCGCUGUUUCUCCCUCAAAAUGGGUUCUCGCGGUUGGCGAUCUGGCUGGUUAAUAUGGCCUUUGUCAUGGGAUGGGCCCACAUCACCAGCCCAUGGUUUCUCGAUCAUAGCAAGCUGCCCGAGGCUAUCGGAUCGGUGCCGCUUCCGGUCAGUGUGUGGAAGCUGGUAGCUGAUGUUUAGGAUCCUACUAUCUCAUCAAGUCAAACAGGAUAUGAUUUUUGCAGUUGACUUACACCCGCAACGGACGCUCCUCGAUAUUUGAGAACUGAUAUUAGAAUCAAUAAAGA